GUCGCCAUACUGAGGGCAGAGUGCAAAGUAUCUUUUCUGGCUAUCAGUAUCUGAAAGACCGGCCACUGUGUUGGGAGUGUAGCUUGCUUGUUGGGAGAAAUCGAUAUUUAAAGUGCUAGAAAAAAUUAGAAAGUGUCAAAAUGGCAAAAGCAGUUGUUGAUUUAUUAUCCACUGAAAAUCCAGUGCUGAAGGCGUAUUUAUUCUGGUCUGCAGUCUUGGUCCUGAAAAUGCUUUUCAUGUCGCUGCUAACAGCAAUGCAACGCUUCAGAACGAAGACAUUCGCAAAUCCAGAGGAUCUUCCGUCUAAAAAGCUCAAAGUUAAAUUUGACGAUCCAGAUGUAGAACGAGUUAGAAGGGCACAUCGGAAUGAUUUGGAGAAUAUUUUGCCAUUCUUCGCAGCUGGAUUCCUCUAUUGCCUCAUUAAUCCCGAACCUUGGAUUGCCAUCAACCUGUUCCGUUUGGUAGCAGUUGCCCGAAUUGCUCACACGCUUGUUUAUGCUGUUGUAGUUAUCCCACAACCUGCACGUGCCUUGGCAUUCUUCUUUGGACUUCUGCCAACAGCCUACAUGGCAGUCAGGGUCGUCCUGUUUUGCUUGUAAUUUGUUUCCAUAAAUUGUGGUUAAUGAGAAUUUAGUUGUACAACAUAUUUUUGAACAAUAUAUUUGAUAAUACCGUGGAGAGGAA